AUGCCUUCACUUACGUCUAUGGCGAAGUCCCUCCUCGCCCGUGCCCAAGAGAUCGACGCGGAACUCGAAGCCCGUGGCAUUCCGUACCCCUCAUUUGAUGUGGACACGCUCGAAAAGCUGCCUUUCGAGGCCCAGAAGAAGCGGUGGGAGCUUGUAGAUGCAAGCCACGAGUUCCGACAGCUGACUCGGGGAGCUAUGCUGUCGGCAUGGGACAUUGCCUUUAAUUGGACCGACGCACUCACUCUGCGCAUAAUUUGGCGCUACAAGCUCGCCUCCGCCGUGCCCCUUGAUGGCAGCGCGAGCUAUGAGGAGAUCGCGGCCACCUCAGGCCUGUACAAGCCGCUCGUAUUUCGUGCGAUUCGAGCCGCCAUCGCCAACAACAUCUUCGAUGAAGAUGACUCCGGCCGAGUGCGCCAUACGGCCAUAUCGCGGCUGCUGGCCACUCAUCAGGGUUUCUACGACGGUGUCGGCCUCCAGAUUGAAGACCUCGGGCCUGCAAGCACGAAAGUGAUCGAGGCGUGGGAGACCCUAUGUUCGCCAUACUGGCGGCGGCCGGCACCCGAGCGGGCCCGCCGCUUCGACUCGGCCAUGCACUUCUUGACCGCGGACGAGAGCUGGAACUUUCGCCACAUGCUGAAUGCUUUCGACUGGUCGACGCUGGAUACACCGGGGGCCCGCAUCGUCGAUAUCGGCGGUGGUAACGGGCAGGUAUCACAGCUCCUCGCGCAACACACGAAGCAUCUCACCUUCACCGUACAGGAUCUUCCCCACGUGGUAGCGGAGGCGCCCGGGCAGCUCCCUGACGAGUUCAAGAGCCGUAUCCUGUUCGAGGUGCAAGAUUUCAUGACGCCGCAGCCGGCGGCAAAUCCACCCACGGCCUUCUUAGUGUGCCGGUGCACGCACAACUGGAGCGAUAAGUACAGCGCGCGGCUCCUCGCGAACCUGACGCCCGCGCUGCGAAAGGGUUCCAAGGUCCUGAUCAUCGAGUACGUGCUCGACGACAAACCGGUGAAGAGCCUUGGGGACAAGUUGGGCCUGCAGACCGACCUUGUCAUGGCGACGAUCCUGAACGCCCAGGAGCGGUACGCGUGGGACUUUAAGCGCCUGCUGGAGCUCAGCGAUGAGCGCUACGUGUUGGAAGGCAUCCGGAAGCCGGAAGGGAGCAAGUUGAGUUUAGUGGAGGUCUCGUGGAAGGGGUAA